AUGUCAGCCCGGUGGCCUCGCCCUCAGAUAGAGGGCCAGAAAGUCAUCAGUCACUCGGAGAGUAACAAAGUCCUUAACGGCGGCAGAGUCUUGACACCAAACAGAAUAGAUUUGGAAAAGUGUCAACGCCGCUGCCAGAUCCUUGAAGCUGCCAUCCACAAUCCUGUUCAGUGUGCAAUGUUGGGCUUCUCUGCGGCCAGCACCUCCUUACCUCAAGGCUUUCUCUGGGUGGCAGGCGGUGGUGAAGCCUCCCAGGGCCACGUGGAGAUCUUCUCCCUCAACAGACCUGUGCUGAGGGCAAGUGAAGAGCCUGCAAGUAGGGUCGGCCAUCAGGUGUCUGGAAUAUGUGCCGGAAUGUUCUCUGAGCGAGGAGGCAGAGCCUGGAGAUCCCAAGGCCACGCCGGGGAACGCUGCCAACAUCUGCGUGGGAAUUCUGUCUACGGCAGCGUGGACACGGCAGCUCAAUGCCUCCUGACCCUCAGUAACCCCGAGGGUUGCCCCGUCAUGUGUCUGAAACACUCGCCCAACUUCCUGUUUGCCGGUCUUCGCAACGGAACCAUGGUGGUUUACGGGAGAAAAGACAGCGAUGACCUUUGGGACCCGGACUCCUGCAGAAAUGUGAACCUGGGUUCACAGCCGGUUCGGACCCUGUUGGUACUGGACGACUCGGUGUGGGCGAGCUGCGGGAACUCCGUCACCGUGGUGGACGUCUCCAGCCUCAGCACUCAGGUGUUUGAGGUCCACCCCGACCCGAUGGUGAGCGUGGCACACGUGGCGUGCGCGGGUGGCGGCGUGUGGAUGGCGUUCUCGGAGGGCUCGUCCAUCCGUCUCUUCCACACCGAGACGCUGGAGCUCCUGCAGGAAAUCAACAUAUCACCGCGCUCCACCGUGCUCAACAUGGGCCAGGAGAGCAUGCGAGUCACCAGCCUGCUCAUCUGUCAAGGACUCCUGUGGGUGGGCACCGCCCAGGGUGUGGUCAUCACCCUGCCAGUUCCUAAACUGGAAGGAAUCCCCAAGAUAACGGGAAAGGGAAUGGUCUCCCUAAACGGCCACUGCGGGCCCGUGGACUUCCUGGUGGCCACGAGCAGCACCCUGUCACCUGACCUCCUGAAGAGGGACUCGGUGGGGGACGGGCUGGACUCGGCCUGCGGGGGCGAGGAGCACAGCGACACUUCCUCGCAGGAAUCCCUGCAGCAGUCCGGCGAGGCCCGGGGCAAAGGUCGCGGCGUCCUCCUGCGCUACAAACUGCGCUCCACGUCGGGGCUGCCGGGCCAGCCGCUGACGGCCGCGCCCGGCGACGAGGCGUCGGACUCGUCCCUGGAGUCCCUGGAACACAGCGUGGAAGACGGCUCCAUAUACGAGCUCAGCGACGACCCCGAGAUGUGGGUGCGGGGGCGGCCCUCCGAGAAGGACGGACGGAGCAAAGACCGGGUGGUCUCUGCCGCCAUCAUCUCCGGGGGCAAAGGCUUCCGGCGGCUGAGAGAAGGAGCGGCCGCCGCCGGUGCUCGGACCAGCGGGGAGGCUUUGGAGAACAUUCUCCUGGUGUGGCAGCUCCCGCUGACCGUGUAGCUUGCAAGGUCCACAUCAUCCGUGCCAAACAAAAUCCUCCUUUCCUUGUUUUGCUCCACAGCUCGUGAGCGCCCCCUACAGGACCGGAGUGGACCGGUACCAGUCUCGGCGGGCCUGGACUUGCCCUCAUGCACUUUGAAUGAAAAGACAAACUAACGGUCUUCUCCAGCUGCGGUACCGCUCCAGGAAGGAGUCCUCACCCCCGUCAUGACCUCGGACUUGGUCUGGAACGUCUAGACUCUCUCUCUCCGCUCAAUGUGAACGCCCAAAAGGGACGCCAUGGGGGCGUGUCCGCAGGAGCCGGAGGUGACCACACUUAAAACCUAACUUAAUUGCACAUCUUCUUUUUUUGGGGGGUAACUAAUGUUUUCCUUUUUUUAACAUGACUUCUAGAAAAGUUCCAGCACUUCUUUUUAUCGUCCCGCCUAUAAAUGUUGUUUUAGGGCUACACUGAAAAUACUCAAUAAGUCUCAUUUUCUUCAACAAUAAAGUUGAUUUUAACAAGUGAUUGUCAGGAUUCUCACAAGAAUUACACUGUUUUUUUUUGUGGGUGGAGGACGAGCUGUUGCGUUUGCUUGCUGUGGGAAUUACGACAAUCACUUCUUAAAAAUACAAGGUUAAAUACUUAAUAAAAGGUACAAAUAUGA